AGAAAUCACUGCUUGCCUGCCUACCGGCCUCGAUCCUCCGUCAGUAAACGCGAAGAUGUCGUUCAGUGUGGUAACAAACUGUCUACUUAUCAUUUUUAUAGCUUUGGCUAACGGGAUGCCACAGGAAGAUGAAGAAAAAUCUGGACCGCUUCCAUUCCUUCAAUUUACUAACGGAGGAAUCCGGGUGAAUUUCGGAGGAUAUCACGCUCAGGCUGGACUCGGUGGUCUUCUACGAGGCACAGGCGCAGGUGGUGGACUUCACGCGAGCGCGGGAACUCCAUGGGGUGCACACGCUGGUGCGGGAUUAGGCGGUCAAUUAGGUUUGGUAGAAGACGGUGGUAAUCUUGGCGGCGGUCUUUACGCUCGCGCUGGAUUCGGUCGUGGAGGACCAGAAGCGGCAGCUGGCCUUGGCGGGAGACUGGAUGGCAGUGGAAGGUCGCCGAACCCAAUCGCAGGUGGCAUGCACGCGGGAGCGACACUAGGCGGCGGUCCAGGUCCUGGAGUAUUUCUCGGAGGAGGUCUUGACAAAGCAAUUGAUGGAUUUAUAAGCGGCAGUACGCCUAACGAAGUUGGCUCAAAUCCGCCUGCACCUGCCGCUACCACGCCAUCAAACGAGGAGGCGACUACGAAGGCGAAGGGUCGAACGAAUAUACAGAUUAUACGUUCGAGGAAGGAGAAAGAGAAGGCGCUUGAAGCGACGUCACGAGCCGAUGCGUCCGCAGAUGGAAAAACCGAGACGCAUAACAAGGAGACACGACGUGCGGUGCCAGUAGCGGUCGUGCCACCCGCGGCGGAAGUUGGCCUGGUCAAAUCGAUUUACGUUGGGGCGGCUCCAGCAGUGAAAACCGUCGUGGCGGCUCCAGCAAUAAAACCCGUCGUGAUUCCUGUAGUCCCUACAGCUGCUACAGCCAUAGAAGGCGCAGGCCAAGUCGCCGCCACCGCCACCGCCACCGCCACCGGCGGCAUGACAGUUAAUCCAGUGGUCGUUCCGAAGCCCGUGUACCCGCGAUGGUACUUUAGAAAGAGGUUUUGGACCGGACCCAGAAAAGCGGUCUACGUAGCUCCAACGGUUGCCGUCGAUACCCAAAGCUCACCUUCGGACAUAGUCGGCGGAAUUUUCCUCAACGCGAUGGGAGACGGCGGUGGCACAGUCGUCGCCGGUAAAGCUUACGGCGGAUCUCUAUUCGAUGAUAUUUUUAACAUCCCGAUUUCUACGUUGUCCGCUGUUAAUCAACUGCUGAACAACGUCGGCUGAGAUCUCACCGUGGCGCAGUUUCCUCUUAUGAGCCUAUGCCUAUGAUAUUAUUAUAUAAUAAUAAACGAUUACAUAAUAAGACAUACAAGCGAAGAUCGAGGAUCAUGCGAGGUUCCUUCGAAUAUAUUUAGCGAAUUCAUUCAUUCGUUGCGUACUCAGCCCCUUUUGACUGAAGAUGUUUAUUCUGUCUACUUACGGAUGCUAAGCACAUUUUAACAUCCAUCUCGCGAUUCCUUGUACGUGCUUAGAUUAUAUCAAUGAUUUCGUAUACACUAGUAUUCCUUUGUCCACAAAUCAUAUAUUCGCAAGAAAAAUAUACACAUUAAUAAAACUUUAUAUGAUAAAUAAUUAAUAGAGCAUAAUUUAUUUAUAAAAUUCAUUCUCAUGCUUUAUGAUUUACACAUUAUUUGUAUAUAAUUGUAUAUAAUAUACGCAAAACUUCACAACACACAUUUCAAGGACGUUGUAUUGCGCUGUCAAGAAUUUUAAAUUAUGUAUGUACAUUGUUCAGCAUAAAUUGUAUAUGGGUACAAAUAUAAGCAUCAUAAGACAUUCGCUAUUAGCUACAAGUUAUUGUAUUUAAAUUUGAUAGUUAAAAAGCGAAAGAUAAAAUGCGGUCGUUAAGAUGAAAGCAAACAAUAAUAAUAUGGUAU